AUGGAUCAAUUAGUGGAAUAUAAGCUAUUUCUAUCAUUGGCAGUGUCAAUUUCUAAAGGGGAUGUUAGUUACAUUCUUCAAACUGCCUCUUCCAUCGCUUUCAAUGGCCUGAUUCUAUCGAAAUAUAGUGUUUUGACAUUACUUCUAAUCCUAUUACCAAAUUCAGUAGAACCGGGGGAACUUCAUUUUAUAAAAAAAUUGAUUUUUGAUGAUUUUGAAUACUCUGGCAGUUUUAAUUAUGAUGAUUUGAUACUGGACAAGGAUCUUCAAGGGACCCACGACCUUCAUUUGUUAGCAGACCAAUCUAAAGUUUUGAUGGAAUAUCUCAAUAAGGAAGCACAGGUUUACGAAUGGUCACCAGAAAAAUUGAAUGAUAAUGACCAACAGAAAAUACUAUUCGAAUUCAUAAAGUCAAGGACUUUACGAAUCUCAAUUUUUCAUAAUGAAAAUGUCUUUUAUAAUGGUGAGAUGUUCUCUUUACUACCUAGUAACUAUAAGCCUUUGAACGAUUGGACACUCGGGAUUUUAUCGCCAUUAGAUUUCACUAUAAACUACAAUAUCUCUCAUGGAAUUCCGGAGCAAAUACCCAAUUUAUUGAGCUUUCAUGGAUCUGUGUCAUCAAAGAAGAAUUUUGAUUAUUUGAUAAAACAUAUGAAUCAUGAAAACAUUAAUGAUUUCUUAAUCAAAUCACUUGUCCCUUAUGCCAAACAUAACAGCUGUUGGAAUUUAUUCAACGAAUGGCUAAUAGAGAGAGAAUUCUUUUCCGUUGAUGAUUACACUGUUUUUUUGAAAUUUUUUGAGUUCUUCUUCAAUAACUAUUUGGUUACUCAGGAUCAAGAUGAUGAGGUGUUGAAUUUCUUGAAUCAAUUCAUAAUUGACUAUGUUUAUAAAAUUUAUUCGAGUAAUCUAUUGACGAAUAACACUUUGCUGAUCAUGAGCGAAACUUUGCAAUACUGCAUAAUGAAUCACGAAUAUUUCUCCAAGUUUCACAAUGACAAGAAGUAUAUUAAUUUUGAAGAUGAUUUUGACCAUAGUAUUAUUGAUGAUAGCUAUAUCAAGACACAUUUUUGCAAUAACACUUUACCUAAUUUACAAUUUUUAUCGUCAUUAAUUGAUUCUAUCAGCAAGCUUAUCAAUAUCACCAAUAAUAAUGAGUCGUUAAUGUCAAUAACCCAGAUUUUGUUGAUCUCCAUUUCUUCAUCAGAUAUUCAAUUGAAUUUUGCUAAGUUAUUGAUUCAUAAUUUCAAGAUUAAUGAUGACUUCAGUAAUAAGGUUACCAGUUACAAUAAUUGGGAAAGUUUUUUGAAAAAUUUUAACUGGUUGGUUCAAGAAUCAGUGUUAUUCAAAAAAAUUCAAAAAGUGGAUUGUAUCAGCAAGAUCAACGAGAUAUUGUUUGAACUCUUGUUAAGCUUCAAUUUUACUACUUUGAUCAACAAAUACUUAUUGAUCAAUUUUAAUUCUAAUGAAACAUUGAAGAAAAUUUUGUUGAAGUACUGUUGGAUCCAUUUUGUUAAAGCAGAUAGUUUCAGAUUGGAUAGUGGUGAAUUGGUUAUGAUUGUGGAGUUCUUGAAAAUAUUUGAUUCAAAUUUUGAUAAGGAAAUUGAAGAUGAGUUAAAUUUCUUUGUGAAAUAUAAGAAUAAUUUGGAUAUUUAUGACAGCAACAGUGAUUCCAAGUUUAUGGAAUUCGAUUCUUCUUUAGUCGGCAAUAAGAAACUAUCAGAAUUCAUCAAUUCUGAUCUGAAUCUUGAUCAAAUUACAAACACUGCCAGAGAUUUCAAUCUUUGUGAUAACUUGAAUUUUGAAAUUGUGAAGUUUAAGAAAUUGUUCAUCUCUUUGAAUCAAUUAGUUACAAAUUUCAAGUUCUUGAUAAAUAAUAGGUAUGAGUUCAACCCUAUUGAUGUUUAUUGUAUCAAUAAUCCACUAUUAAUCAUGGAUAAAAUUUUGGAGUUGGAUUCAAAAGUCUACACUGAAGUCAACAAGAUCUAUAAAAUAAUUAUUGACUUGUGCAUUGGUAUGAAUAAAAUCGGCCUAAUUUAUGAUGUAUCCAGUUUUGAACAUAACAAUGGUGCCGGAUCUGUGGAAACUGUGUUGGAAAACUUUGAUGAUUUCAAGAAGUAUGAAAGUUUCUUUGAUGACAACUCACAAAAUGGGAUUGACAUUAGCGCUUCAACCCAAUUGUCAUCGCAUAAAUUCCCUUUGAAGGACAAGUUAAUUUCCAGUUGCAUUAAUUCCUCUUUGAUUGAUUUGAAUUUCGAAUUUGCAUAUGAACACUCGAUGAAAUUGUUGAACAAUGAAACUUCCUCAUCAUUAAAUUCUUUGGGGUAUAUUUGGCUAUCUAUUUUCCAAGUAUGCAAGUUUGUUGACCCAAUGUGGUUGGGAUCUGAGUUCGAUGAUGAUGAAAUGUCAGAGGUUGAUGAUAAUAUUCGAAUUCCUCUUGAUAUUUUGACUAAGCAAAUUGAAUUGAUCUCCAAAUUAUUAGAAGUUGUGCCAUCGUCCACAUCCAUCAGUGCCGUAGAGAAUAAGAUCAUCUUGAACCAGGCCAGCUAUUUGCUCAAUAAGUACCAUAAGAAGUUGAACACUCAGGUUGUCAAUGAUUUCAAUAAUUAUCAGUAUCAACAAAGCACUUCGAUUUUUAGAAAUUUUAAUGCAUCCACUGGUACUUUGCUAAACCAAUUCGCCAAAAAUGCAUCCAAUAUCAAUUUAAAUACCACCAUCGGACGGAGAACUCAUUUGAAUCCAGAUAGUAUCAACUCAUCACCAAUAUCAGCGUUUGACUCGCCUAGAAAUUCUCAAAUUGAGUCCAUUGGAGCACACCAUGCAAUUUCGUUACCAAGAAACCAAGGCACUCCUGGUUCCAAUGCCAAUUUGGAAAACCGUUUUGUUAGAGCGUUUGCUUCCUCUGCAAGCGAGUUAUUCAAAGUCGACAGUGAAGGUGAACCACAACAACAGCAAUCAAUGAGUCAAAGCCCAAGCUCAAAAAGAAUUAACUUGCUUGCAGGAGAAGAACAAAUCAAGAAUUUGUUUGUUAGUGGUUUAGGUUGGGCGAUCGGCGCCAAUUCUCAAGACGCAAAUCGUUGA